CCGCUCGGAUUGAGCGAGGCGGAGCGAUUAUCACCGCAACCAGCGGACCACUCGGUGAUCGAACGUUCCACGGCGGAGCACACCUCGAAGAAUCAUCUCGAAAGAGAAAUUUCGUGAUUUCGAAGAAGGUAGAAAAGUAGUGAUUCGAGGAUGAACGUUGACUAGAUGAACGGUGGUGAAACGUUUCGAAAAGAAAUAGUAGAAAAGAGAAAAAGAGUCGAAAAGGAUGCGUUGAACGGUCCAUAGAUUGCUUAGUGUCAUUCGAUUGUAGAAGGUAUCCUCGAUAGGAUCGCGAUAGUGGCAUUUAAUCGACGCUGGUGGUGGCCGAUGCUUGAUGAGUGUGGGUGAUGACAGAUGUGUUGUUUUGCUACCGUGUUCCGUUCGCCGUCGUCGUGGUCGUGGUCGGUCGCGAGCUGUGACUUGCUUCUGACAUCGCGUACACGCGCUACUUUCGUCGGUAGACACACGACAGGACGAUCACGGCUGUGAGAAAAUGUGCCAGGCGACGAGGAUUCAUCAGCUGCUGGGGAUCUUCCUCUGCUGUCAAGCAUUCAGUUAUAGCUUGAUCCUGGAGGAAGACAAUGAGCCGAAUUAUUUAAGCGCAGGAGUGGGAGAAUACGCUGUGUUCAAUUGCGAUCUGGACUUUCCGCACGAGACACCGAUCCCUUAUAUCCUUCAAUGGAACCGUGACUCACGAACGAUCUUUUCAUGGUACAACGGACAUCCGUCGGUGGGUCUGGGUUACGAGGGUCGCGUCCACCUGUUGGAAGACGCCGCUAGUCGAGGAUACGGCCAGGGUAGCAUCAAUCUGACCAACAUCCGUGAGAGCGAUCAAGGAUGGUACGAGUGCAGAGUGAUCUUUCCGAAUAGAACGCCGAAUUCGAGGAACAACGGAACCUGGUUCCAUCUCGGAAUAGAUGGUGCGUCGCCGUUUCCGACGUCUGUUCCAGGCGAAACUCUGCUGGCGGUUCCGCCCGUCAACAAAACUGUGAUGGAGGGUGAGUCGGUCAGCUUCGACUGCGUCGCUAAAGGAGAGAAAUCUGUUGUCAACUGGUUCCGUGAGGGUGUGGAAAUCACGGAAAUCGAGGAUCUCAAGAGAAAAACGUCCAUCGCCGAGGAUGGGACGUUGAAAAUCAAUUCAGCAGCUAUGGGUGACCUAGGGGAGUACACCUGUGUGGUGACCGGUGAAACUGGAGACCAACAGAGCGCCUCAGCCUUUCUUAAUGUACAAUACAAGGCGAAGGUUAUCUACGCUCCCCGUGAAGUUUACCUACCAUACGGGAAACCAGCCCUUCUAGACUGUCAUUUUAGGGCAAAUCCACCGCUGACGAACCUACGUUGGGAAAAGGAUGGAUUCCUCUUCGAUCCUUACAACGUUCAGGGAGUGUUCUACAGAAGAAACGGUUCUUUGUAUUUCAGCAAGGUAGACGAGACGCAUUCCGGAAGUUACACGUGCACUCCGUACAACGAACUUGGUACAGAGGGGCCCAGUCCAUCUAUUACAGUGAUUGUGCAGAGGCCGCCAGUGUUUACCAUGACCCCUCAGCAUCUGUACAUCAGGAAAUUGGGCGAGAAUUUGGAGAUACCCUGCGACGCCAGGGACGGCGAUCAAUCUCAUCGACCGGCAAUUGUUUGGUACAAGGAUGGUGCGCCAGUGGCAAGGGGCAACAGGACGCUAGUAAUCGGUGGCAAUUUAACGAUCGACCGAAUUCAAGAGCAGGAUAGAGGAUUGUAUCAAUGUGCAGCUAGCAACGAAGCAGCAACUGUGGUGGCAGACACGGAAUUAAUGGUUUUAAACGUUCCUCCGAGGGCACCGUACAACCUCAGCGCCAACAGUAGCAAUAAUGCGGUUACUUUAACUUGGGUACCGGGAUACGUGAGACCAAAGAUGGAAUAUUCGGUCUGGUAUAGACCUACCGAUACCUCGGAAUGGAGAACGAUGAAGAUCGUAUCAAGAAAAAUCACCGAGGCGACCGUGAACAAUUUGAAUCCCGGACGCGAAUACGAGUUUAUGGUGCUCAGUCAGGACAAACACGGUGAUGGGAUGUUUAGUAAAACACUUCGGAUAUUUACACAGCCCCAUAACAUCGAUGAGAAUUCAGUGUCAGAGUACCGUAGCCCUAUAGACGAGAGAAUGGGAGCACCGUUAAACGUUCGAGUUCAAGCGACAGCGCAGGGCUAUUUGGUCACUUGGGAACCACCCGCUUAUGGAAGAGAUCAGCUGAGAUUAUACGCGGUCAGAUGGUACCGAGGACCAUCUGAAAAAUUGGACGGAAGAGCGGAAACGACCGACACUUACUAUUUGGUGAAACCACUAGAGGGUGAGAGCUAUUACACAUUCGACGUGUCUGCAGUAUCAGUAUCGGACGACGUAGCGAGUAGCGAGCGGAUUAGUUUGGAAGUACCAGCGUAUCGUAGAAACAGGGCAAUUUCUAUGGGCAUAGUGGCUGGAAUUGGGUUUCUAGCUGCUGCUCUCGCAGCUAUAUGGUGGGCAAGGAAACGUUUCUGCCAAUCUCCAAACGAGAAAUAACAGAAGCAUAUUAUGCAUCGUUUUUUAAAACGGAAGCAUAUUUAUGUCCUCGUAUACGUACGAUCAAUAUUGCAAUAAACUUCCCUAAAGUAGCGAUAUCGAUAUCGAAUUUCGGGAAUUUCUAAUCCUUUCUAUGUAAUAUAAUAUCGAUUCUGUAGAGAUUCUGUUACAAGAUGGGGAGAAAAUGCAUCAGAUCGAAGAGGAUUUUCUUAUGUAUUUUCUUAUCUAGUUUACUUGCGUUUACUUUACGUUAUAAGUUAUUACUACGAGUGUUCUUGCAUUGCAUCGUUACAUUAUGUACCGUUUGAAAGCUUUAUUAGAUAAGUGCACGUUUAUUAUGGAUUAGUUGUGGCGUUUGAUCAUUUACUACUAUUCGGAUACCAGGCGGCGAGAGACGCGCGGCGAGUUUGUUAAGGUCAGGCUAACUCGCCUAGAAUUAUACAUAAUAUAAUAAAUGUAUAAUACAUCUGAUAUGUUUUUCUAUUGUAAAUAAAUUGUGUCGAUUACUAUUAA